AUAUUUUUAUUAGUAUUAGCAUACGUUUAACAAGUAUCGUCGUUAACAAUAUCAUUGAUUUAUGUUUUAAUUUAGUAGUACCCAUAAAAGGUUCUUCAUUUAAUACUGUUUAAUAAGCUAAAAACUUUUUACUAAAAAUAAUUAUAUCAUUAUAUUUUGGUCAAGAAUCGUAUUAAAUAAAUAAAUAAAUAAAUACACAGAUAGAUAGUUAGAGAUUUACAAAAUAACUUUCAAAUAUAUAGUCUUAUAUAGUCGGCAAGGCGUUUGCAGUUUAAACAUAUAAAUUUUUUUACUUACUUUUAAAAUAAAAUAUAUGAUUUAGGGACUUGGUAAUUAUAAUUAGAGAUCAAUUUGGGUUAUCCUUAAAACAAAUUUUCCAUCGUUAUUUGCUCCACACCAUCACUCUGCCUUUUACGCCCAUACUCUCCCUCUUCUUCUUCCUCUUCCUCCGUGACAUCAUGGCGACCACCGGAAUCUCCAGACCCAGGGCCCUCGCCACGAGUUUCUGCUUCACUCGGAAUCAGGUGAUCCUUUCUAACCGUAAAUUAUUUCCAGUUCCACCUCUUCGUCUGGAUCCUUUCGUCUCGUAAAACCCUAGUCCGUUAAAAACCCUAAAUUUGCUCCAGAUUUCAUCCCCGUCCGGACCCAAUCUGGUUCCAUCUUCUUGAACCGCUUCAAUUGUUCUCCUUCUCCUGAUAUCCAAUGGCAUGUAGUAGUGGCAAAAGAAUAGUAGAAGAGGAACGGCCGCAAUGGUCCGACCUCCCAACCGAUCUCCUUGGGCUGAUCGCCAAGAAGGUGGCCCUUAUCGCCGAUUACAUCCGCUUCCGCGCCGUCUGCAAGUCGUGGCGCUCCGCCGCGCUGCCGGCCAACCUCCGGCCGCAGCCCCCGCUUCUCCUUCUCCCCUACCACCGGUUGACCGACGUCCGCCCCUUCUUCAGCCUCGCCACCAACUCCGUCCGCACCCUCUCCAUCCCCCAAUCCUACGGCCAGGCCAUCCUCGCCUCAUCCCACGGUUGGCUGCUAAUGCUCCGGGACACCGCCCUCUCCUUGCUCAAUCCCGUCACCAGGGUCCAAAUCUGGCUCCCCCCGCCGACCGACUUUUACCUGCCGGGACGCUCCGCCACCGAAGGCGGCGGCCAUAAAGCCAUCAGCUUCAUCUGGAACGCUUCCUUCUUCUCGAGCCCAGGCUCUCGUGCGCAUGACUGUGUCAUCACCGUCAUGGUCCACAACUGGAGUUCUGGCCAACGUCAUGUGCACUUCUGUAGACUCGGAGACAGUUUCUGGACCGAGCUGAAAACCGAUUCACCCGCUCCUCUUGUUUCCGUGGUGUACGAUGACGGGCGAUUCUACACCCUGGACAUCAAUGGAAUUGUUACCGUCUAUGCCGCUGCUACUUCCAAAUCGAUCUUUUCAGUGCCUGCGCCCAUUGCCGCUGCCAAAUUUUUAUUGGUGAAGGUAUCUGAAACCGAGCUGUUGCUGCUUGCCCGUGAUCCCAGGUUCCUUGAUCCCAGGUUCGUUUUCCGGGAUGAUGAUGUCAAGGACUUGAAGCUUUUUAAGCUCGAUUUGAGUGGACGGCUGCUGCGGUGGUCCGAGAUCGAAAGUAUCGAAGAUAUGGCAGUGUUCUCGGCAGAAGAUCACUGCUCGAUGAUCUGCGUGGGCGACUUUCCUGGAUUCAGAGAAGAUUGCAUCUAUUUUGAAGCUCCUUAUGACAUUUUCCAGAGAUUCAAGAACAAAUUCCAUCACAUAGAAGUGCUGAACAUAAAGAAUGGCAGCUAUGAAUUCAUAUGGUGUGGGUGGGAAAAGCCUUCAAAUGAUUUGAUGAAGCCUAUUUGGUUUGCACCCAGUCUCUGCUAGAAGUUCCCGGCUGGACUUAAUUCAAGGUCAGGGCAGGCGAAUGAGACAAAAGACCAGAAUGUUCAAGGCAAAUAAGGUUACUUGGGCGAAUCUAGUAUCCUUCAGUCCGGGAAGUGAUACCGCAGAUAGAAAAUGGACACUGUACUAAUGCGAUGUGGACCUGUGUGUGUGUGUGUGUGUCUGUGUCCCUCUCCCUCUUUUGCUCUCUAAGCUCAUCAUGAGUCCGGUACUCAACUUAGAAUGCAGAGUAGUGCUUCAUGCUAUGCGAGUCCUGUUCUCAACUUACAGUGCAGAGUAGUGCUUCAUACUAUGCGAGUCCUGUUCUCAACUUACAAUGCAGAGUCGUGCUUCAUGCUAUGCGAGUCCUGUUCUUAUCUUA